GAGUGUCCACCAAUCAUAUGACUUGGAUAAAGGAUGCAUCUAUGAAAGUAUAGCAGCAUCUAAAAAAUUUAGGUCAAUUUGACCUAUGUUUUAAAAAUUGAUUAUGUUUUUCAUUUGGGUUCAGAUCUCUGGUACUCAGAGACCUACAAUCAUACAACUUGAUAUAUAUAUAUAUAGAUACAUCUAGGGGAGUAUACCGACUUCUUUCAAAAAGGAAUUCACUCUGACCUACAUUUUAUCUUUAAAAAAAGGUGACAUAAAUUUUUUGUGUAAGAAUGUAUCUAUGAAAGUAUACGAAGGCCCCACAAAAAAAGUAUGAUACCUGAUUUUGGGUAUAAUUUCCAUAGAUGGGGAUAAUACCUAUUUAUGAGGAUCUUUCACAACCUGUUGGAGUCUGUGUAGGGGAGUUCUCAACUUUAUUUUACUUUAAUUCUCAUAAAAACAUUUUUUGUAGCAGUAGUGAGAUGUCCACCAAUAGAAUUUUAUCAUCAGGACAAGGCAUACCAAAUAGAACUGUUACAUCCUCAGGGGCAGCAUCAUUUUAUACUAGUGAUGGUAGUAUCAUUGGGGCAGAUGAUGAAGAUGAAAGUUUACAUGAAAAUCAUAUUAAUCCUGUACGACAGAGAGGGGAAAGUUCUACAAUAAAUGAUCAGAUUUAUAUGAGUAUAUUUUGGCAAGGUGGACGACUUGGUCUGGCCUAUUAUGAUAUAGAAUCAACACAAAUACACAUGAUGAUGGACAGUGCUGAACAUGAUGACUUUUCUCUGUUACAGCGAGUGAUACGACAGAUAAAUCCUGUGAUCAUUGUACUGAGUUCUAAACAAGAUGACAGACUGAUUAAAACACUCAAGCCUAUAGUUAGUAUGGAAACAGAGGAUGAGACUGAUGAUGUUUUGCAGUUUUUGCCCAGCAUUGAUUUCAGUGCUGAUAUUUGUAAGAGAAGAAUAUUAAAUCUAGACUUGCCAUCUCUUCCUAAACACUAUACAGAAUCUGAGAGGACUUUGUAUAUCUCAUCAUUGGUACCAUUUGAUAAUCAAUGUAUGAUCAGAGCAACGGGCGGCUUGUUAAAAUACCUUGAGAAGAUGAGAGUUGGGAUAGAACUUGAGGAUACAGAUGUUAGAGUACCUAUACUGGAUGUGAAAACUUUCACUUUGGAAGACCAGCUUCUCCUAGAUGACAUUGCAUUUAGUGCCUUACAGAUUUUCCACAAAGAAUUACACCCAUCUGUUUACAAAUCAGGACAAACUGGUGCUAAAGAAGGACUCAGUCUCUUUGGUAUACUAAACAGGUGUAGAUCACAGAUAGGUAGCAGGCAAAUGAGAGUGUGGUUUUUGAGGCCUUUGAGAGAUCAGGCUGUAUUGAAGCAGCGACAUGAUGCAGUGUCAUUUUUCAUCACCCCAAGGAAUAUAGAGAUAGUGUCAGCUCUGUCUGAUAAUCUUAAACAUGUCAAAGAUAUUCAGAGGGUUCUCUCAAGAAUGCAGCAAUCUCAGGCUUCAAUUGGUGAUUGGCAGGCUCUUUAUAGAACCACAUACCAUGCAAUUAGUAUAGGAAAUUUAUGUAAAAGUCAGUCACAGUCAAUAGAUAUAUUUAAAAAAGUGUCACUUAAAUUUGGGGAGGAACUUCACAGAGUUGCAAACUUAAUCAGUAAAAUUGUAGAUUUUGAUGAGAUGGGUAUACAGAAUAGAUUUGUAGUUAAUCCUAAUGUAGAUGAAGAUUUAGACGAAAAGAAGAGAAGAUACAAUGGUUUACCUGAUUUUAUGACACAAGUUGCUAAGGAGGAGUUGAACAGAUUAAGUGAAGAUAUAACAGAAUGCAAUGUUAUAUAUCUACCUCAGCUUGGAUAUCUGCUAGCAAUCCCUAAACCAAGUGAUGGUACAGAUGAUCAGUAUGCCAUGGAAGAUCUAGAAUUUGUGUUCAUGUCCAACAAUAUGUUACACUAUAGAAGUGCUAGAACUAGAGAGUUAGACAGGUUACUAGGAGAUACUCAGUGUGAUAUACAAGAUCAGGAGACCAGUAUAAUGCACAAGCUACAGAAUUCCAUCCUUGAACAUACAAAGGCUUUGUUGGAAGUUUUGGAGUUAUGUGGGGAACUGGACUGUUUAUUGGCAUUUGCUACUUGUGCUAAAGAGUUUAAUUAUGUUAAACCCAAGCUGGUACCAGAAAAUGUAAUAGAUAUUAAAUCAGGCAGACAUCCACUGCAAGAAUUGUGUUGUAGUCCCUUUGUACCAAAUGAUGUAUGCAGCGGCCAAGAUUAUAGUAAUAUUAAAAUUCUGACAGGACCUAAUGCUUGUGGCAAAAGUGUUUACUUAAAACAGGUAGCAGUGAUAGUAUACAUGGCCCAUAUAGGAAGCUUUGUCCCUGCAGAGUCAGCAUCGAUUGGUCCUAUAGAAAGAAUAUACACCAGAAUACAGUCUCUGGAUAGUGUGUCUGUUGGACUGUCAACAUUUAUGAUUGACAUCAACCAGAUGUCUCAGGCUUUGAAGAGCGCUACAGAGAGUAGUUUAAUUAUUAUUGACGAGUUUGGUAAAGGCACAGAAAUGGUGGAUGGGAUGUCCUUACUUUGUGGAUGUCUAACUUAUUGGUUAGAGAUGGGAAAGCGUUGCCCACAUGUUUUUGUAUGUACACAUUUCCACAGUUUGAUCAACCAACAUUUGCUUCCAAAAUCUCCAAAGAUUAAAUACAUGACAUUAGAAACUGUUCAUGAUGGAGAAGAGUUACUGUUACUAUAUCAUUUAGUAGAGGGUCAUACCAACUCUAGUUAUGCAAGCCAUAUAGCACUCCAAGCUGGACUACCACAGGAAAUAGUAAAACGUGGAAAUGAGGUAUCAGAGCUGAUUAGACAAAACAAACCUAUAGAGAAAGUUGAUACUGAGGGUACUGAUACACAAUAUAAAAGGAGUAAAAUGAUAGUAGACAGAUUUUUAGAGUUGGAUCUGGACAAUGAUGAUCUUAUUUCUUUCCUUUCAAAUGUAGUGUUACCAAUUAGUGAAGGACAAAUAUGAUGUUAUGUUCUUGAUUUUUGUGAACUGCAAUAGCAAAAUUUUUUAAAUCAAAUCUUUCUAUGUAUAAGUUAUUAACUAUAUAUAACUUUGUACUACUUAGCCAUUUAUAAUAAAUUGUCUGGUUCUCUGGACAUUAUCAUGUCACAAAACAAAAAUAUCAACUGAUAGCUCCUAUUUAUUGAGGUCAUAACAUUUAUAUGAAUUAUGCUAAUUAUAAGUCUUGGAAUUUCCUUCAUAAUUGCAAUUUAGAAAAUAAGAAACAACUCUCAAUUUAAAAAUUGAUUUGUCCUAGUGAUCUAGAAUAUACAUAACCCCAUAGUUUCAUUUUAAUUAUAAUCACAGAAAUACAACAGAAUUCUUAAAUAAAUGAAAUUGUCCAUCUCAACUAUAUAUAGAAAUGAUUGACAUUGAUCUUGGUCAAAAAUAGUUGUUCAAAUAAUGUGUUGUAUUGAAUACCCACCUUUCUACAACAGAACUAAAAAUAAACGCUGAGAACCAGAUUCUGGUGGUCUAAUGAACAUUUCCAUUCACCAAUUGAAGUAAAGUGUACUAUCUAUCAUCACAUUCCCCAAAAAGAUUAGGUGAGAAAAAAUCCAAGAUAAAGAUUAAUGAUUCUAGUAGAAGAUGAGAAGAAAAGAAAAGGUGAGAAUGGAACUGAAAAUAAGCUAAUUUAUUACAAAUUAGUCAGAAUUAUAAUACUGUUUUAACACUUUCCACUUGUUAGUGUUGUUAUUGAACAAAUAAUUGAAAGUGUUUUGCUUGGUUUUACAGUGUUGGCAUCUGUAGCUCUGUUUUGAAAUCUCUGAUGCUGUUUAUAACUUAAAAAUAGUCAUUAUAAUAAAAGUCUUAAUUAAUUUUGUCAGAUUAUGUUUUUUUUUGUUUUAAAUGUUCACUUUCAUGUAUAUUGUAUAUUGAUGGUAUGAAAUUUCAACAAAUAGAUUAAUCAAUUAA